AUGGAUCGACCAUCUGGUCCAUCGUUAACGGCGAAACUUCCGCCCAUGCCAGUAAAUCAGUUCAUCGCAAACGAAGAAGUUGUGUCGGGAGCGCUGGGACCGCUGGAGACGGCUGUUGAUGCUCAACCGUUCACGACAAUACCAAGUGGAACCGAAAGGCCUUGGUACGAUCUUCGUACUUUCUUGAAUGUCAUUCGGGAGAGAGCAGAGCGCAUUGGUCUCCGCUUCUCGCGCGGAAAGCCACGCAGACCCCGAAGGCCCAGAUGGUUAGGAGGAACGAAACAAGGCAUAACCGUCACCACUUCCACUCCAGAAGCAAACAGCCCGCGCAGGCUCAGACGAAGGGGGCGAGAAUCUCAAAUUCACGACCAGUCCUACGAGCGCCAUUCUACCAAUGAUUCGGCGGAUAUCAUAGAAAGACCAAUACCGGUCCAGGCGCAAGGUGGUGAUCCCAGCAACGAGGUCUCUGUCAGUAGACUAUCCGCUGUUUUUAUGACGGAGGAUGAGGCGCGAGAACGAGCAGGUGUAGAAGUCAGACGGUUGUCUCUUGGCCAUCCCGAAUUAUUUCAACCAAGUUCUUCAAAACCAAUUGCAGACAAUGAUAUCGGUAUCGGCACUAGUCCUUAUGUAUACAUCGAGCCAAAUCAAGUUGAUGGUGGGGAUGAGACAACUUUGUCAAGAAGGUAUUCGGAAACAGAGCAUCCAUCAGGAGGUUAUGCUCCGCCUCAUGUUCGACACGAUGACCACGACGACGACGAGUUUGUUUCCUCCGCGGUCAUGGUGAAAGACAGAACAGGCAAUUCGAAAGCAGUCAAAAUGUUCUACGACACCAUGACUGCUGUCAACUGGGUCUCGGAAUGUUUCGCGAGCACCUUCGGAUUGGAGCUGCGUCCAAUUCUCCGCGAGGAUCUCAAAGUAUACAAGACUAUCAAUGCAACAUUCAUCCCCAGACAUUACGUGGAAUUGCAACUGCAGAACGAGUCUCUCGGGAUGGAAGGCUUCACAACAUUAAGGUGUAAUGUUACGCCAUCGAUGGAUGGAAUUGGUUUGAUGGCCGGCCGACAGUUCAUGAAAGAGUAUCGUGUUAUAGUUGAUGCUAAUGCUCGUCGAGACAUCUUUGUCACGACAAGCAGUAAAGCAAAUGCUGCGCAAUGUGAGGCUCGCAAACAACAUCUUGAGCAGUCGAAGAAAGAGUACGAGAAAGCCAAGGAAUUAUCAGCUUCAACUGCGGGACCUUCCACGCAGCAAUCUGCAGCUUCAACUCAUGAGCCAUUGGCCCCUUCAUCUAGGACGAGUACACACGCGUCGUCGUCGGACAUCAAGCAGAGUGAGUCGAAAGGAUAA